CGCCUCGCGGCCCGCGGGCCGCCGAGCUCCAGCGAGCGGCUGGCCGCGACGCUGCGGCGCGACGGGCCGCGGAAGUGCGAGGCGGAGAGGUUCCUGGUGUUCCAUCACGGGGGCCCCUUCCGGCUGCAGAGCGGCAAGGAGCUCCCAGAGCUCCGGGUGGCGUACGAGACGUGGGGCCGACUGAGCGAGGCCCGCGACAACGUCGUGCUGCUGCAGUGCGGCAGCCCCUCCAGCUCCCACGCGCGCUCGCACCCGGGCAACCCCGAGAGGGGCUGGUGGGAGGACUUCAUAGGGCCCGGCAAGCCCCUCGACACGAACCGCUUCCACGUCGUGUGCUCGAACCACCUGGGCGGGUGCGCGGGCUCCAGCGGGCCCUCCUCCGUGGACCCGCGGGACGGGCGCCGCUACGGAAGCCGCUGGCCGCGGAUCGAGGUGCAGGACAUGGUGAGCGCCCAGUUCGCCCUGCUGGACCACCUCGGCAUCGAGCGCGUGCACGCCUGCGUCGGGACGUCCCUCGGCGGCAUGCAGAGCCUGCUGGCCGCCGCGCGCUUCCCCGACCGCGUCGGCAGGCUCGUGACCAUCUCCGCGUGCGCCCGCCCGUGCUGCGGGAGCAUCGCCUUCCGGCACGUGCAGCGGGAGGCGACGCCGCGGGGGCGCGCGGGCGCGGAGCGACCCCCGCCGUCGCUGCAGGGCGCCUCGGACGCAG